UACAGGGUGGAGCAGAACGAAAUACAUGGAAAAGUUAGAAGAACUAAACAGAAAUUACAGAUAUCGAAACGAUGAACUUUUCAAGAGGCUUAAAAUCUCAACAUUUUCUCAGCUGGUCACUCAAGUUGCUUCUUUGUCUGAGCUGAAUGAGGAUGUAAACAAUGAAGAACUGCUGGCAGAAGGAAGUAAUUCUCCCUCAUCUGAAUUUGAUGAACUUUCACAGAGGGCAAAUGGGGAAGGAGGUCAUGAAGAUACGAUUGCUAUCCCAUGUCCAAACAGUAACAUGGGAGCAGAAGAGCCUGUGCAGUCUGUUAGAUCAACACUACAGAGUGUUAUCAGUGGGGUUGGAGAGAUGGACCUGGAGAAGGAUACGGAAAAGAAGUCCAGUCCUGCACCCACACCAAGCCCUAGCGUCCUGGAUAAACCUUACCCAGACUGCCCUUACCUGUUACUUGAUGUACGAGACCGAGAUGCGUAUGAACAGUGUCACAUUAUUGGAGCUUAUUGUUAUCCCAUCACCAUGUUGUCAAGGACAAUGAACCCUUAUACCAGUGAAGUACUAGAGUAUAAAAAUGCUUCUGGAAGGAUCAUCAUCUUGUAUGAUGAAGAUGAGCGGAUAGCUACUCAGGCUGCUACUACCAUGUGUGAGAGGGGAUUUGAAAAUCUAUUUAUGCUGUCUGGAGGCUUGAAGGUUUUAACACAAAAAUUCCCAGAGGGAUUCACCACUGGUUCACUUCCUGCUUCCUGUCUUCAACCAUCCCAAGUAGCAUCUGUUCGGAAACUUGCAAAUCUGAGAGAACCAGUGCAGCAUGCAGAGAACAAAUGGAGGUUCACUAGGGAAGAUCUAGAUAAGAUACAACAAUGUCUAGAUGAAAUGCUCAUCUCCAGUAAUUCAUCAAGUCGGCUGUCAACAGGAAGGAUAGGAUCAACGAUAUCAGCUGCAGCAACUGCAAGGAGUAGCCAGGCUCCAUCUUCAGCUAGCUCAGUCAGUGUCCGAUCACAGAGCAGCAGAGUACAUAGCAAACCCUGGAAAUAAGUUUUCAUAACUGCAAUAAAUAUUUUCCUCUAAUGAAUGUUUAGCAGCUGUUUGCCCGUUGCUUCAGUACCUUUAAAUGUAGGGAAGAUAUCUUUGUAACAUCUUUGUUAGUAGAUACUUUACUUUGUAUACCUUGAAGUAAUGCAACUGUUAGUAGCAAGACAAGCAUUUCAGGAUUCACAGGACUUUUGCUUGUUUGGAGCAGUUUUGUUAGUAAAUUUUGUGGUGUUCAUUCUGCUAGUACAUUUGAGGACUUUUGUAAAAUUCUGCCUCCCCCAAUACAGCAUAAACUUUUUAUACCUUGCAAUUUCUUUGUCCUGUCAAAACUCUGCUGUUUUUUUGUGCUCAUUAUGAGUUAAGCCUCUGCACUUUGUUUGACGAUGAUGAAAUUAUAGACCAUUUAAGUUCUACCUAAUAAGUGAUUUUUGAAAAACAAAUAACUGGAAAUGUGAAUGUUUCAGUAAGUAUUGGAAAUUCAAGUUAACAUGUAGGUUCUCUACCGCAGUAGGGACUUCUAUUUUUGUGUACAUUGUAAAAAGAAAAAAAGAGUUGUGCCAUCUAGAAUGAGCAAUGGUGCAAAGACUUAUAAACAUAAUACAUAUUGUUUAGUGUUACAAAAAUAGAUUGAUAGGGGACUGAUUAUGCAAACAAAGGUGUAGUGUACAUACACCCACAAUCUGUAAAUCUCCUUGAUGGUUAUUUACAACCUUAUAAAUAGUCUUAUGCAUAGUGACUCGUUUGUUUCAUCAUGCCUUAGAAAAUGGUAGAUUUUAUAAUUAUCUUAACCGGUAGUUACUGUAGAUAAUGCAGCUUGCUUAUUACUUGUUUUUAAUGAUUGCAUUAAUUUAAAUUACUUCAUAAUGCAAGACUUAGAUUUACCUGGAAAAUGUUACUAAGAACCUAGAAAAACAUUCAAUACACGAAUUUAGUGCAGUCCCUGAAAACUGAAAAAAACAUGUAGAAUUGUGAAAACGGUAUUAAGACAUGACAACAGAAAACGUGAAGCUGAAGCAAAACCCAAGUUUUGAAUGAAUUUUGUGUCUCUGUACUUCACUUCUGUGUCAUUUUGUGAGGGUACGCCUUAGUACAUUACCAGUAAUUCAUUAAGCUUUUUUUUCCAUUCUAGUGUAUUUAUUAAAAAAAAAAACUCUAGAAUAUAUGAUAUUCAUCAUCCCCACUGCUGCAGUAGACCUUUAUACUAUAUGGGUUGGUUGUUUCCUGCCUAAGAAACGACUUGCCAUCUCUCUACUAAUUGACUUCCCUCUUCUGAGCUAGCCAAUAGACAAAGUGAAGAUUUCUUUAGUACUUGUUGCCUUGAGAAGAAACAUCUCUUGGGCUUCACAGAAGCAAGAAUAAUCAAAGAGAUUUGUUUCUGGAAGAUAAGUCCACAUUGCAGACCCCUCCACACAGAAUUUGUUGCCCUUUUAAGUAAAAUAUAUUUAUUUUAAUUUUCUGACUAAAAGCAGUAUUCACCCUUUACAAAACUUGAUAUUUUUUAUCAAUAUUGGAAGUCUCAUGUUAGGGACUGUUAUUUUUAGAUACCUGUUUUAGCUAAUUAUGGACUAAGUUUGACUAAAUAAAUAUUCUGUUUAUGCUUUUAAAA